AUGAGUGCAGAUAAAUAUGAAAGUUUGGUCAAAGGAAAUGAACUAUAUCCACUUGCAUUCAUAGAAAAAUUUCAGAGCACCUGCCCACACUGGGAACUUGAUACAUGGGCAAAAAGGGAAAGAUAUUUGUGCUACGACAUGGUUUGUGUUUUAUUAGCCAAUCUGGAGAUGUCUGAAGAAAUUGAAGAAAUGAUGCUAAAUGAAUUAAAGAGGAAAUUUAUGAAAGAUAAAAGCUAUGAGGAGGAAGAGGAAAACAAACAGCCACUCAAGAGAAGUAGGUUAGACCCAGGACCAAGUAUUGAAGAAGAGUUGGAUUACGAGUAUAAGUCAGAUAUAUUUGAACAAGACAGUGAAGAGGAAAAUGAUGAAAGUUAUGAAUUUGAGGAUGAAAGCAAACAAUUUGAAGCAGAUCAAUUUGCUUAAAUUCAGAUACAUAGUUCUUGAGGGAUUG